AUGGUUAAACUCAUGCCUGUAGGACGGAAAGCAGCCGGCCCCAUAAAGAGCCAGGGGGAGAAUGUUCCAGGUGCAUGGCAGAGGAAACGCAAGGGCCCUAAGUGGAAGAGGGGUGCCGCAGGGGAGUCCGAGCCUCUAUUCUCCCUGGGCUUCGCCUGGGAAGACGCGAUAUUCACAGUGGUGUCCGUGUGUCCAAGCUGCAAGCCCACGUUCCCCUUUCAGACUCUACUCGAAAAGGGAGGUCUCAUCGCCAGCGGUUUCACAGAAACCCACUAUCUACAAGAUGGCACGGACAUCUCUCUCAUCCGAAAUUACACAGGUCACUGUUACUACCAUGGGCACGUGCAAGGUUCUUCCGGUUCGACGGUCAGUCUCAGUACUUGUUCUGGUCUCAGGGGACUCAUUACAUUUGAAAAUAACACCUAUAUUUUGGAGCCGAUGAAAAAUGCAACCAACAGAUACAAACUCUUCCCAGUGGAAAACUUGCCGGGCACCUGGGGAUCGUGUGGAUCAAAUACGUCGGGCCUCAGUGUGCGCGACAGGCUCCCGCCGGCCUCCCAGACCCAAAUAAGAAGGCAAAAAAGAGAGACCCUCAAGAUGACCAAGUACGUAGAGCUCGUUAUCGUGGCAGAUAACCGAGAGUUUCAGAGGCAAGGAAAAGAUCUGGAAAAAGUCAAGCAGCGAUUAAUAGAGAUCGCUAAUCACGUUGACAAGUUUUACCGACCACUGAACAUUCGGAUCGUGUUGGUGGGCGUGGAGGUGUGGAAUGACAUUGACAAAUGCUCCAUAAGUCAGGACCCAUUCACCAGCCUGCAUGAGUUUCUGGACUGGAGAAAGAUGAAGCUUCUGCCUCGCAAAUCCCAUGACAACGCCCAGCUCAUCAGUGGAGUUUAUUUCCAAGGGACCACCAUCGGCAUGGCACCCAUCAUGAGUAUGUGCACCGCUGAACAGUCCGGGGGAAUCGUCAUGGACCAUUCAGACAGCCCCCUGGGCGCGGCCGUGACCCUGGCACACGAGCUGGGCCACAAUUUUGGGAUGAACCAUGACACCCUGGAGAGAGGCUGCAGCUGCAAGACGGCCGCCGACAAAGGAGGCUGCAUCAUGAACCCUUCAACCGGGUUCCCGUUCCCCAUGAUGUUCAGCAGCUGCAGCAGGAAGGACCUGGAGGCCAGCCUGGAGAAGGGCAUGGGCAUGUGUCUGUUCAACCUGCCGGAAGUGAAGCAGUCCUUUGGGGGCCAGAAGUGCGGGAAUGGAUACGUUGAAGAAGGAGAGGAGUGUGACUGUGGGGAGCCGGAGGAAUGUCAGAAUCUCUGCUGCAAUGCCACCACCUGUACCCUGAAGCCAGACGCUGUCUGCGCGCACGGACUGUGCUGUGAAAACUGCGGGCUGAAGCCGGCAGGAACCGCGUGUAGGGACCCCAGCAACGCCUGCGACCUCCCGGAGUUCUGCACGGGGGCCAGUCCUCACUGCCCUGGGGAAGGAUGUUCAGAGGGAGGGCCCAGCGUGGGAGGCCUGAGCACCAGAGGAAAGAGCUUGGAGACAGUGUCGGGGCUGUGCCCCGUUGAUGACAUGCCCCACCGAUACAUCAACAGCGAGUGGAAACGGACAGUGACUUGGUUUCGUGCAAGAGCCAGGGAGUUAACCUUUAGAAGGCUGCACUGUCGGAGCCACUGGGCAGAUUCACCCCGGAGCGGACUCGAUGUUACAGGUGCCAAACCCGCCCCCGGGAUCUGCUUUGAGAGAGUCAACUCCGCAGGUGACCCUUAUGGCAACUGCGGCAAAGAUUCCAAGAGCUCCUUUGCCAAGUGCGCGAUGAGAGACGCGAAGUGUGGAAAAAUCCAGUGUCAAGGAGGUGCCAGCCGACCCGUCAUUGGUACCAAUGCCGUUUCCAUAGAAACGAAUAUCCCCCUGCAGGAAGGAGGCCGAAUUCUGUGCCGUGGGACCCACGUGUACUUGGGUGAUGACUUGCCGGACCCGGGGCUCGUGCUUGCCGGCACCAAGUGUGCAGACGGAAAAAUCUGCCUGAACCGUCGGUGUCAGAAUGUCAGUGUCUUCGGGGUGCAUGAGUGUGCAGUGCAGUGUCAUGGCAGAGGGGUGUGUAACAACAGGAAAAACUGCCACUGCGAGCCCCACUGGGCGCCUCCCUUCUGUGACAGGUUUGGCUUCGGAGGGAGCACAGACAGCGGCCCCGUCCGGCAAGCAGAUAACCAGGGUUUAACGAUAGGAAUUCUGGUCACCGUCCUCUGUCUUCUUGCUGCUGGAUGUGUGGUUUACCUCAAAAGGAAGACGUUGAUACGACUGCUGUUUACAGAUAAAAAAAACACCAUUGAAAAGCUAAGGUGCGUGCGCCCUUCCCGGCCGCCCAGGGGCCCCCAGCCCGGCCAGACCCACCUCACCCAUCUCAGCAAAGGCCCGAUGAGAAAGCCGCCACCGUCCAGCACACCUAAGGACCACACCCGGAGACUGCCACCGUGUCUGCCCGUGGACGUCAGCAGACCCCUCAAAGCCCUCGACGCCCCUCGGCCGAGUUCCCCGCAGCGAGGGCUCCCACCCCUGCACCAGGCUCCUCGUGUGCCCUGCGUCCCUGCCAGACCCCUGCCGGCCAACCCUGCACUCAGACAGGCCCAGGGAACACGUAAGCCAAGUCCCCCUCAGAAGCCGCUGCCUGCAGACCCUUUGAGCAAGACAGUUCGCCUGGCCGGCGCCUCUGCCAGGUCUCCGGGACGGCAGGAGUCCACGCUCCGCCUGGCGCCCAUCAGACCUGCUGCGAAACAGCCCCAUCCGGUGCCCAGACCCGCCCCCAUCACCUACGCUAAGUGAGAAGCAAGCCGACACCUUUGUUCAACAGUGAAGACACAAGUUUGCACUAUCUCUCAACUCCAGUUGGGGUUUUUUUUCUCUUGUACCAACUUUUAGAAUUUUUUAAUUUUUCAAACACCGUGAUUUGAAAGAACUUUGAGCUACUGCCGUUGGUGCUGUGCUGUGCUAUGGGUGCUCUGUAUACUUACUUGCUCAGGUACUUGUAAAUUAUUAAUUUAUGCAGAAUGCCUGUUACAGUGCAGUGCGCUGUAGUGGGCUUUUUUAAAAAAAAAAAAA